AUGUCUCAAUCGACUCUGCCUAAGGACUUUCUUUGGGGCUUUGCGACAGCAAGUUACCAAAUAGAGGGAGCCCCCCAUGAAGAUGGUCGAGCAGACAGUAUCUGGGACACUUUCUGUCGCAUUCCAGGCAAGAUUGCUGGUAACGAGAACGGGGACAUUGCCUGCGAUUCGUACCACCAAUACAAGCAAGAUGUGAAGCUUCUAAAAGAUAUGGGUGCUCGAGCUUAUCGAUUCAGCAUCUCUUGGUCUCGCGUUAUUCCUCUAGGCGGACGCGAGGAUCCUGUCAACCAAAAGGGCCUGCAGUAUUAUGUUAACCUUGUGGACGAGUUGCUUGCCAACGGCAUUGAGCCCAUGGUGACGUUGUAUCAUUGGGACCUGCCCGAAGCUCUCGAUGAGAGAUAUGGCGGCCUGCUAAACACAGACGAGUUUGUUGCCGACUUUGCUCAAUACUCUCGUACCAUUUUCCGAGCUUUGGGAGACAAAGUAAAGUAUUGGGUCACUUUCAAUGAGCCGUGGUGUAGCUCGAUUCUUGGAUACAACGAAGGUGUCUUUGCACCCGGCCGGACCAGCAACCGCUCCAAAAGCUCAGUCGGCGAUAGCAGCACCGAGCCUUGGCUAGUCGGGCACAACUUGCUUAUUGCCCAUGGCGCAGCCGUUAAGGUAUAUCGCGAGGAGUUCAAAUCGAGGCAGGGCGGACAGAUCGGUAUCACCUUGAAUGGUGAUUGGGUCGAGCCUUGGGAUCCGAAGGACCCUAAGGACAUCGAAGCCUGCCAGAGAAAACUCGAGUUCUCGAUCGCUUGGUUCGCCGAUCCUGUUUACCGCGGUGACUAUCCAGAAAGCAUGCGCCAACAACUUGGAGACCGCCUGCCGAAAUUCACGCCUGAGCAGCGGGCUUUGGUCCAGGGCAGCAACGACUUCUAUGGUAUGAACCACUACUGUGCGAACUACAUCAAGCACAGGUCCGGCGACCCGGAGCCAGAAGACUACCUCGGAAACUUAGAAUCUCUGCUUUCCAACAAGGAAGGUCAAGACAUCGGCCCAGAGACUCAGAGCCCCUGGUUGAGGCCAUAUGCCAUUGGUUUCAGAAAACUACUCAAGUGGAUCUCUGAUCGCUACGGGCGUCCUAUCAUAUACGUCACUGAGAAUGGUACGAGUCUGAAGGGCGAGAAUGAUUUAGCAAAAGAAGAGAUCCUGGAAGACGAUUUUCGCGUGUGGUAUUUCAAGGAGUACGUCACCGCUAUGGCAGAUGCAUAUACACAUGACGAUGUCGAUGUCAGGGGUUACAUGGCAUGGAGUCUGAUGGACAAUUUUGAAUGGGCAGAGGGAUACACGACCCGCUUUGGAGUCACAUUCGUCGACUACGAAAACGGUCAGCAGAGGUUUCCAAAGAAGAGUGCGAAGGCCAUGAAGGGACUCUUUGACUCCCUCAUGUCAAAGUCAUAG